AUGGGGGGAAAGCCCUCUGCAGACGCUGCCGAACAGGAGACUGCGGUCAGCCACAAAGAACACAUAGAUGUGGUUCAUUCAGUCGAAGAUUCCUUGACGUUCUCUUAUAUUGUGAAGCACCAUAAGGCAAUUAUCGCGUGGUCUUUUUAUUGGGCCAUGUGUGCAAUCGGCUGGGGUUUCGAUGCUCAAAUCAACGGCGCAGUAAUCUCCGUCCCUGCCUUCCGGCGCGAAUACGGAUACGUCUUGGAUGGGGAAGCGAUCCUCCCUGCGAACUGGCAGUCCGCGUUCAAUGUAGCCAGCUCGAUUGGCCAAUUCUUUGGUGGAUUUCUCUGCAGCUGGAUGGCAGAUAGGGUUGGGCGCAAGCGCUCUCUUCUUUGUGGUUGUAUCAUCUGCAUUGGAGGCACCUUUGGUGAAAUAUUUUCCCAUGCCCGCGGCGCCUUCCUCGUCUCGAAGCUCAUUCUUGGGGUUGGCUUGGGAUUCUAUCUGACACUUGGGCCGCUCACUUGCAGCGAAAUUACACCGGUGGUGCUGCGUGGCUUAUCGACUGCUGGUGUCAACUUGGGUAUUUGCGUUGGUCAGCUCCUGUCUAAUGCAGUCAUCAAGGGGUUCGGUGAGCGAGAGAAUCGUUGGGCAUUCGCGGGGCCGUUUGCAAUGCAGCUGAUCUUCUCGGUGAUACUGCUUGCUGGACUUCCUUUUGCUCCGGAAUCACCCUGGUAUCUAGUUCGGAAGAACCGGAUGGACCAGGCUCGGAAGUCGCUCCAUAAGCUAUGGGGCAAGGACUUUGACGUCUCUGCUCUAUUAACCACAAUCCAGGUAUCCGUCGAAGAGAGCGCACAGCAAGCAAAGGCCAGAUACAUCGACUGCUUUCGCGGUACAAAUCUACUCCGCAGUGCCAUUUCCUGUGGUGGAUUUGUGUGCCAACAUCUUGUCGGGAUCAUCUUCGUCUUGGGUUACUCAACGUAUUUCUUCGAACUCGCUGGGCUGGAGACAACGCACUCCUUCGAUCUAGGUGUCGGUGUCACAGCUUGCGGCGUUUUUGGCAACUUCCUCAGCUGGUUCAUCGUCAAUUCUUUCGGCCGUCGGAAAUUGUUCCUCUCUGGAAUGGCAACUCUCACCACUCUGCUCCUGCUCAUCGGCAUCAUGGACGUCGUCCCCUCCACCGCAGCGAAAUGGGUCCAAGCAUCCUUCACAGUUAUCUACGCUUUUGUAUACUUUAUGACCGUUGGGGCCAUCUCGUUUGUCCUGUUAGGCGAGGUCUCGACCCCUUUGCUGCGCGCGAAGACCACAGCUUUGGCUACAGCCGUCCAGGCAGUUUUCGGCAUCGCCAUGAACGUUGCUGUUCCUUAUAUGGUUAAUCCCGACGAAGCUAAUAUGAAAGGCAAGGUAGGUUUUGUGUUUGGUGGCUGUGCGGCGGUUGCUACGAUUGUGAGCUGGGUGUAUAUCCCGGAGCUCAAGGGUCGGACUUUUGAGGAGAUCGAUAUCAUGUUCUCGACUCGGGUUCCGCCGAGGCACAUGGGCUCGUACCAGAUUGGCUGA